AUGUUCCGAGCCACCAGACAACUGCGGCCGCUCGCGCGCUCUUUUACCGCACAUGGCCUCGCCGCUCAGGCGCGGAAGAGUUCCGCCCAGGGCGCGAGAAAGGCUGCGAAGGCAAGCUCGCCGGCAUUCUGGACGACGGGCCGCGUGAUAUUGUUCUCAAGCUUCACGGGUGCUUUGACAUACCUCUACGGAGUUUACGACACUGGCGCCCUCAAUGCCUUCAAGUCCGGCACAAGCAAGCCCGUCUACGCAACCCAGAAAGAAAUGGAAAAGGCCAUCACCGAGCUCCGCGCCCUCCUCGGCCGCCCCGACGCCAUCAGCACCGACGACGACGACCUGCGCGCGCACGGCUACUCGGAAUGGUCGUCCCUCAACAUCGACCAGCUGCCGGUGGCGGUCGCCUACCCGCGCUCCACCGCCCAAGUCGCGCAGAUCGCGGCCGUCUGCCACGCGCGGCGCAUCCCGAUGAUCGCGUACUCGGGCGGGUCGAGCCUCGAGGCCAACUUCGCCGCGCCCUUUGGCGGCGUGAGCAUCGACUUCGCGCACAUGGACCGCAUCGUCGCGCUGCACGCCGACGACAUGGACGUCGUGGUGCAGCCCGCCGUCGGGUGGAUGGAACUGAACGAGAAGAUCAAGGAGAGCGGCCUGUUCUUCCCCGUCGAUCCCGGGCCCAGCGCUAAGAUUGGGGGCAUGGUCGGCACGAGCUGCAGCGGGACGAACGCGGUGCGGUAUGGGACGAUGAAGGAGUGGGUCGUCAACUUGACGGUCGUGUUGGCGGAUGGCCGCGUCAUCAAGACGAGGAGGCGGCCGAGAAAGACGGCCGCGGGGUAUAACUUGACUAAUUUGUUCGUGGGGUCCGAGGGGACGUUGGGGAUCGUGACGGAGAUUACGUUGAAGUUGACUGUGAUUCCGCAGGAGACGAGCGUGGCCGUGGUGCCGUUCCCGUCCAUCAGGGAGGCGGCGUCGGCGGCGGCGCAGAUUAUGCGGGCGGGCGUGCCGGUGGCGGCCAUGGAGAUUAUGGAUGAGGUGCAGAUGAGUGUGAUCAACAGGGUGAAGGCGACGCAGAGGACGUGGAAGGAGGCGCCAACCAUGUUCUUCAAGUUUUCGGGCACCAAGGCGGGGGUGCAGGAGAAUAUCAAGCUGGUCAAGGCGAUUGCGAAGGCCCACAAUGCGGGUAACUUCGAAUUCACGGUGGAUCCUCAGGACAUGAAGGAACUGUGGUCGGCGAGAAAAGAGGCAUUGUGGAGCAUGCUGGCACUCAGGGAAGGUGACCAGGAUGUCUGGUCCACGGACGUUGCGGUGCCCCUUUCAAGGCUACCGGAUAUCAUCGAGAUAUCGAAGAAGGAGAUGGACGAUCUUGGAUUGUUUGCCAGUGUGCUUGGGCACAUCGGUGAUGGCAACUUCCAUGAGAGUAUCUUAUACAACAGAAAGGAUCCCAAGGAGUACGAAGCUGUGAAGAAUUGCGUAUACAGAAUGGUAGACAGGGCGCUGGAAAUGGACGGAACUUGCACCGGCGAGCACUCGAUUGGCCUCGGAAAGAAAGCCUCGCUGCUGAAGGAACUUGGACCUGAGACGGUCGAGGUGAUGAAGAGCAUCAAGCGCGCCCUCGACCCACAUUGGCUGCUGAAUCCUGGCAAGAUUAUGGAUUACUGA